AUGAAGAGGCUGUUGAUCAUGCGAAGGUGUGAGCCGAUUGUGCGGUUCACGUGCUGCAGCGUGCGCUACGGGGAGUGCCGUCGGAACCAUGCGGCGAGCACUGGAGGCUACGCCAUCGAUGGGUGCCGGGAGUUCAUCGCUGAAGGGGAGGAGAGCACCAGUGGUGCUCUCAAGUGCGCGGCCUGCGGUUGCCACCGCAGCUUCCACCGCAGGGUUCAGGUCUAUGAGGUUGCAUGGGAUUACGGAUCUGACACGUCGUCGACCGAGUAG